AUGAACUGCAGCGAUGCGCGGCGGCUGCGGGCGCUGCUGGGCGCGCUGCUGCGGGAGCUGCGCGGCCCCGGCAACUCCAGCGCGGCCCCGCCGGGCCCCGGCCCCGGCUCGGACGGCUCGCUGUACAUCCUGCUCAUCAUGAUCUUCUACGGCUGCCUGGCCGGGGGGCUCAUCCUGGCCUACACCCGCUCGAGGAAGCUGGAGUCCAAACACGACCCCUACCACCUGUACAUCGAGCGGGACUGGGGUCCCCGCGGGCCGGGGCAGGCGGCCCAGGAGGGCCCCGAGGGGCAGCGGCUGUGACAGCGCCGGGACCGGCAGGAGGAAGGGUCUGUCCUGCGGGGGCAUCGCUCCUGCCGCCCUCCCACCCGGCACUACGGACAGCCAGCGACUGCGGGGCAAGAGAAACAGCCUGCUGAGCAGUCGCACAGCGCUCAAGGCUCGUCGUGCGGUGAGAGCUG